GGAGGAGGAGGACAGGAGAGGAUCCAGACUUAGAGACGAUCAGCAGCAGGGUGAAGGGUGAUUAUGGUGAUGAUGAUGAUGAUGAUAGUGAGCUCUGAGAGCUGGAGAGAUCAGCUCCAACCUGGCAGCUCUGAACUGGAUUGGUGUGAAGGAAAUUAUCUCAUCCACCCCAACAUUGCUGAAUUCUACAACACGAUCAGUAAUGUGCUGUUUUUCAUCCUGCCUCCUCUCCUGAUGCGCUUAUUCCAUCAGUAUGCAGUGAGUUAUAACCGUGGGAUUUAUGUCAUAUGGUUCCUGUUCAUGGUUAUUGGCAUGGGUUCAGUGUAUUUUCACGCAACGCUCAGUUUUAUUGGUCAGAUGUUGGAUGAACUUGCGAUCCUCUGGGUGCUGAUGUGCGCUUUAGCGAUGUGGCUCCCGAAAAGACUCCUGCCUAGAAUGUUCCAGAGAAACAGGAGUUGCUUUAAGCUGCUGGUGGUUCUGCUGUCUAUCGUCUCCACCUGUUUGGCCUUUGUGAAACCGGUGCUGAACUCUGUGUGCCUCAUGACUCUGGGGUUCCCCUGUACGGUUCUUCUCAUCACCGAACUCCACAGGUGUAAGAACCCAAGUGUGUUUAAACUGGGUUUAAUCUCAGUUGUGUGGUGGACUCUCGCUCUUCUGUGCUGGGUCAGUGACAGGAUCUUCUGUGAAAUCUGGUCCAGCAUCAACUUCCCCUACUUACACUGCAUUUGGCACAUUCUCAUCUGCUUGGCCUCGUACCUGUGCUGUGUGUGUUUUGCAUAUUUCGAUGCUGUAAGUGAGGUUCCAGAGAGAGAACCGGUGCUUCGGUUCUGGCCCAGUGAGUGCUGGGCUUUCAUCGGUGUUCCUUACAUCACUCUUCUCAACACACACCGAAAAUCCUGUAGCAAAACACUGUAAAGUCUCAGGAACAGUGUUUACAUGGUGGAGUGUGAAGAUGUGAAGCAGCAGUGACAAAAUGACAUGGAGAACUCAGACAUGAGAAUGAUGCAGGAUGAAGCAGUUUACCUCAGACACCAGUUUCUCCUCAAAACCCCAACAGAUCAGCAGAUGCUUUAAACAAACAAUUAAUAUUUGCUAAUGCUGUUUAAUAUUUUUGAAACUAUAUGUUUAUACUGUCAAUGAUAAUCACUUCACUGUACAAAUUUUUUAAAAUCAUUUUUAACAAAUAAAAUGGUAAUAUUUCCCCCCUUGUUGAUUAAGGGAUAAUGAGUGAAUUAGUAAAUAGAGAUUAUUAUAAUUAAUUUAUUAUCUCAUCUCAUUAUCUCUAGCCACUUUAUCCUGUUCUACAGGAUUGCAGGCAAGCUGGAGCCUAUCCCAGCUGACUAUGGGCAAAAGGCGGGGUACACCCUGGACAAAUCGCCAGGUCAUCACAGGACUGACACAUAGACACAGACAACCAUUCACACCUACGGUCAAUUUAGAGUCACCAGUUAACUUAACCUGCAUGUCUUUGGACUGUGGGGGAAACCAGAGCACCCAGAGGAAACCCACACCGACACAGGGAGAACAUGCAAACUCCACACAGAAAGGCCCUCGUCGGCCAUGGGGCUCGAACCCGGACCUUCUUGUUGUGAGGCGACAGCGCUAACCACUACACCACCGUGCCGCCCAUUAUUAUUAUUAUUAUUAUAUGAACAUUCCUGUUCUGUAAGAUGUAAACUAAUUUUUUGUGUAUGAGAGUAACACCACAAAGACUGAU